ACACGUUAAUUCAGACGCUCAUGUAUAAUUCGUCCCUUGUGGCCCAUGGCAACGUUGAUUUAGCCUGAUGUUUUUAGUACAAAGCAGACGACAGUUGUGGUGCCUAACGGACGGAAUAAUCUCAUGUACUUGGUUGCCGUUGAGAAAGAAAGAGAAGAAAGUCAUUUAAAUAAUAAUAAUAAUAAAAAAACUCAUCUGUUCGACCACAAUAAAACACCCGUAGAAGAAUCCCUUUUCUCAUCUGGACAGAUACAGAGACAGGAUGAUGAUGAUGAUGCAGGGGUUUUCUUCCGCGAGGAGGUCUCUUGCCAUCCUCCACAACAAGAUGCAGCAGCAACAGCUACUCCUUUUCUCGACCUCCUUCCUCUUUGAUGAUACCCAGAAACAGUUUAAAGAAAGCGUCUCACAAUUUGCACAAGAAAGUAUUGCUCCACAUGCUGCAAAAAUAGACGUGACGAACUAUUUCCCAAAGGAUGUUAACUUAUGGAAGCUCAUGGGCGAUUUCAAUCUCCAUGGCAUUACUGCACCAGAGGAGUAUGGAGGACUUGGUCUUGGUUACUUGUACCACUGCAUUGCAAUGGAAGAAAUUAGUCGUGCUUCUGGGUCUGUUGGGCUUUCGUAUGGAGCCCAUUCAAACCUUUGCAUCAAUCAAUUAGUGCGGCAUGGGAACCCUGCCCAGAAGCAGAAGUAUUUACCUAAGCUAAUAAGUGGGGAGCAUGUAGGAGCACUGGCAAUGAGUGAACCUAAUGCUGGUUCUGAUGUUGUGAGCAUGAAGUGCAAGGCUGAUCGUGUUGAUGGGGGUUAUAUUUUAAAUGGGAACAAGAUGUGGUGUACUAAUGGCCCGAUUGCUCAGACACUGGUUGUUUAUGCAAAAACGGAUGUUACGGCAGGAUCAAAAGGAAUCACUGCAUUUAUUAUUGAGAAGGGGAUGCCAGGCUUCGCUACUGCUCAAAAGUUAGACAAACUUGGGAUGCGAGGAAGUGAUACAUGUGAGCUUGUCUUUGAGAAUUGCUUUGUGCCUGAAGAAAAUGUGCUUGGGCAGGAAGGAAAAGGAGUUUAUGUCAUGAUGUCUGGACUGGAUUUGGAGCGUCUUGUAUUGGCAGGGGGGCCCAUUGGUCUCAUGCAAGCAUGCCUUGAUGCUGUUAUUCCUUAUGUUCGGCAGAGAGAACAGUUCGGUCGGCCAAUUGGAGAAUUUCAGUUAAUACAGGGGAAAUUGGCUGACAUGUAUACUUCCUUGCAGUCAUCGAGAUCAUUUGUGUAUUCUGUUGCAAGGGAUUGUGAUAAUGGAAUCAUCGACCGUAAGGAUUGUGCGGGAGUAAUACUUUUUGCAGCUGAAAAAGCCACUCAAGUUGCUCUACAGGCCAUCCAAUGCCUGGGUGGGAAUGGAUAUGUGAAUGAAUACCCCACGGGUCGUCUUCUACGAGAUGCAAAACUUUUCGAGAUUGGGGCAGGGACCAGUGAAAUUAGAAGAAUUAUUAUUGGUCGAGAGCUCUUCAAAGAACAAUGAAGGAUUACUGCAUCAGUUUUUGGAUCGGCAGGAAACAUAAGAUGACAAUGGAUACAUUCGUCCUCCCCACAGCAUACCUCCAUCCUAAGAGGCAGCAUGCUGGCAUUUGUUAGGGGUUUGUGAGAUUGCCCGUUCCCAACUAAACUAGUACUUUUAUUUAGACUCUCCUUGCAAAGUUUAAUGUUCCUCUGGGGGUGUUUCCUACAAUCCAGUCUGCACGUGCCUUUUGUUCCAUUGAUAAGGAGAGACGCAUGAUUCAAUCCAACAGUCAGCGUUUUAUGCACGAUUCAGCUCCAACACUGGCAUUUUGCCCUCAUCAGACUCAUGAUUCAAUCCAACAGUCAAUAUUUUAUGCA